CGGGGUCUAAGAUGGCGGCCGGGAAGUUGCCGGCCCGGGUGUUGGAGCUGCUCUUCUCCUACCUGGAGCUGCCCGAGCUGCUGAGCUGCUCGCUAGUCUGCCGCCACUGGCACCGCUGCCUGGAGGCCGACGAGAACAGUGAGGUCUGGCGGAGUGUGUGCAGCCGGCUGCUGAGCGAGGAGGCGCUCGGCUCGGACAUCCUGUGUAACCUGAGCAGCUACAAGGCCAAGGUCCGGGCCCUGCGACACGCCUGGAGCUCGGCCGACUGCUCCCGCAAUAUUUACAUCAAACGCAACGGCUUCACCCUGCACCGUAACCCCAUCGCUCAGAGCACAGACGGCGCCCGGGCCCACCUCGGCUUCAGCGAGGGCCGCCACGCCUGGGAGAUCUGGUGGGAGGGACCCCUGGGCACCGUGGCCGUCAUCGGGGUGGCCACCCGCCGCGCCCCGCUCCAGUGCCAGGGCUAUGUGGCCCUGCUGGGCAGCGACGACCAGAGCUGGGGCUGGAACCUGGUGGACAACAACCUCCUGCACAGCGGAGAAGCGGCCGGCAGCUUCCCGCAGUGUAACAACGCGCCCAAGUACCAGAUUGGGGAAAGGAUACGCGUCAUUCUUGACAUGGAAGACAAGACUUUAGCAUUUGAACGAGGCUAUGAGUUCCUUGGUGUAGCGUUUCGAGGCUUGCCAAAAGCAUGCUUGUACCCAGCAGUGUCAGCAGUUUAUGGUAACACUGAGGUGACUAUGGUAUAUCUGGGCAAACCACUCGACGGUUGAUAGUGGGCAACCUACGCAUGAGUUUACAUCUUAAAAACCAAAGGAAGCUGCAUAAGUGGUCAUGGACCAAGUCUUGUCAGUUCCAGGCAGUCAAAGGAGUGGUGUGCAGCGGUCCAAGGGAGUGCAGUGAGGACUGCCAGCCAGGAGAAGCCAUGUGGCUGGAUCACUAUUGUAUAUAUGUCUAAAUAAUCUGUGCGUGUGUAGUAUUGUCUUAGUCAUCUGUAUUUUACUGUAACAUGCUGUGUACAAUUUUACUAUCACAGGUGGGAUGGGUCAGGCUGUAACUCAAUCGUUUUGCUAAUUGAAGAUUUAACCUGAAACUGUGCCCUGGAUGCAUUGAAACAUAUUGGAUUGUGAUCAAAUGCUGAAAAGUUCAGGAUUUUAAAUUAUUUAUUAUUGCCACACGGGCUGGACUCGCGAUGAAGUAUCUUUUGGGAUGAGUGAGGAGGCAGUUUGGGGGAGGUUGGGGAGGGGAAUGAAGUGAUGUGGGUAAUGGCACUUGGGUUACUAUGUAGAGCUGCAUGGCAGGUCUGUGCCAAGGAGCAGGCGGUGGGAUCUGACAAGCAGCCAACUACCAAAAUGUUUACAUAAAAGAAACCGUUGACACUCCAGUUGAUGGUGCCCCUUUGUUCCUCUUUCCAACACCACAUUUAGUUGACUCAGUUUGAGGCUGUUACCUGUAGUAAAGGGAACUACCCCUGCCCACCCUAUCACAUAUUGUUCAUUUUCUGUUUACCAUUUCAAGUUAGUUUUACAAGGCAAAGGGGGAAGUUCUCGCAAUCCUUCUGGUGUAUCUAAUGGUACAACCUGAGCCCUGCCUGCUUUGGAAAUGGCUCACAAGAGGAUUGACUUAAUACUCAGUUUCACUUCAGUGAACACAUCAAAGAUUGCAGCGCAAACUGAUGAGUUUUUUUGAACUGGACAAAUUGUUUCUCAAGGCUGUUGUACAGUGUUAGUGAUCAACAUUUCACUUUUUAAAAAAAAUGAAUUUGUUUUGUGAGCAAUGCGAUGAAUGCAUCAAAUUGGCAAUUUUAAAUGCAUGUUAUAAGCUGAAACAUCCAUAACUUUCAGCAACUCCCUGAUGAUGAAUGCACAAUGUAUAUGAUUGUUCAUGUUAUUUAUUCCUGUUUGAACUUCACUGAAGUUGUAUGCUGUUAUAAAUGAACAGGACUAGAACCUAAAUCCACUGAAGUUUCUGUCCCCUGCCUUCAAACAGAAUGCCAGCUGCUUGGGCGUUCUGGGGAAUGGCACUGGUUGCCAUUUCAUGCAUCUGUAUUUUCCCUGGAAAAGCUCUUCAACAAUUCCCAUGGGGCAGAAAAUGAGAAGCUCUGCUGGCCAGGUGCGUAUGGCAUAACCCUCUAUCAGUUUCCCAUUAAUCCUAAUCACUCUGGGAUCAACGGGGUCAUAUCGGGUUCCGUACCAGUGGAGUUGGAAUAGUCUGCUUUAAUAAUGGGCUGCUCAGAAAAUGAAAGCAACCCCCAUGGCUGGGCCUGGAGCCUUUGAUUUUAGCACUGCUGUCAUACAAUGACAGCUGGGCCAGCAUUUUAAUCUGAAUUUCCAAAUACAAAAUGGGAGGGUAUUUAUUUUAAAAAAAACUUGUCAAAUGUGAAACUGUGGGUUUAUUGCACAUGUCUGUCUGGUACAAGGCAAACCAUGAUGACAUGUAUUGCUGCUAUAGAAUUCUACUUCAGUUACUUAAAUUUGUGUGUGUUUACAUUAAUAUGCACAAAAUGAUUUAACAUGGGAGCUGAACAUGGUACUUCACUGUUUACAAUUUUUUUUGUACAUAAGUCAUUGAUCUUUAAUUUCUGAGAGAUUUAAAUGAUCUGAGUUGUACUUUUUAUGAAAAAAAAACCUUUACCCUAAGAAUGAAUUGGCAAAAGGUGUGUGAUCUUCAACUUGAGCUAGACUGUGGGACUGCAGAACAUUGCUGAGGCAACUUGAAAAUGCCACCGACAGUACACCUUCCCUUGUGGUCUUGAAGACACAGUGAGGAGAACUGGCAGCCUGUGCCACACUAAGCUUAUGUUCCAAUUACCCUUGUGUCAAAACAUGACAUGGAGUCUCUUGGAAUCAGGUCACCACCGCUUCAUCCUAAAAUGUUAUACCCGGCACUUGGAUUGUUUGCUGAAUUAAAGAAAUUAUGUGAAAUAAUGUAAUAAAAAUAAUGUAAGGGCAAAAUUAGCUCAUUAUUUCAGGAUUUGUGUCACUGUCAAAUGGUAAAACCAUUUUUCUUCGCUUUGGCUAAUUCAGAGCAGAUGAUCCUCAUUGUGUUUCUGCAGUAAACUAGAUGAUAUCCUUUUGAUUCAAGGACACGUCUAGUCUUCAGUUGCUUUAGCCUUCUUUUCUGUACCAGGGAGAGAAUGGGAAUUCUUGAGAAAUCUUUUCAUCAGAGAUUCACCGAGAAGAGUUACUGGAGUCUUUGAUUUUAAGCAGUCAAUCCAGAAUCUAUUUGUGUAAGUUUGAUCUUUUUCGUUUUGAGGUGAAAUUUACCUGACCUAUGUCUCUUUGCUUUUGUACAUAGUUUUAUCUGUAAAUAAAACCGGAGAAGUAAUUUUCUCUCUGGACAAUG